CACAACAGCCUGCACUCGUUCUUGAAUCUUGACUUUCUGGACCCUUCGCAUCAUAUCAUUUUCGCUCGCACCCGGCUCCCAACUACUCUGCCUUGCAGCCACACGCUUCCACCGUCAACUCCAGUCUUGCCGCGUCCAUCGCCUCUUGAUUGCUUCCCCUCCCCGGUGCAGCAGUGCGCCCACGACCGCCACGAUUCCACACCCCUCAGUAGGAGCAGGACCAGCAAACACCGCCAAGCUGUCUUCCACACUCCUGCAACCCUCCUCCGGCCUUAGCUUUGCCGGAGACACAAAUCGCCCGCCGAACCAGAGGAGACAUUCAGAAAGAGCAGCUUCCAGCAUGGACACCAAGGCCGCACGGAGGAGACGGUCUAGCAGUCUGAUGUACACCGAGCCCCCUGAGUCGCUGGAGCACAUCAGUGACCAAGCCGCCCUGCCCAACCUCAACUCGGAAUGGGUCAAUGCCAAAGGCGCCUGGGCCAUCCACUUUGUCCUCAUUGCUCUCCUCAAGAUCAUCUUCGACAUUGUCCCCAACAUUUCUCAAGAAACAUCAUGGACCCUCACAAACAUCUCGUACAUGGCCGGCUCCUUUCUCAUGUUCCACUGGGUGCGAGGCGUGCCCUUCGAGUUCAACGCCGGUGCUUACGACAACCUCAACAUGUGGGAGCAAAUCGAUAGCGGCGAUCAAUAUACCCCCGCCAAAAAGUUCCUGCUCAGUGUCCCCAUCAUCCUCUUCCUCGUCAGCACCCACUACACGCAUUACGACAUUACCUACUUUAUGAUCAACUUCAUGGCAACUCUUGCUGUCGUUGUACCGAAGCUCCCUGCUCUCCACCGUAUGCGUAUCGCUCUUUUCAAUCCCGAUGUGGAUGAUCGAUGAUCCAUUUAGUUUCGACUAUUUUUUCCCUUUCUCAAGUCGUCGCCAACUCGGCCCCGCAUUCCUUGACCAAAGAUACCAAAUAAUACUGCUUUAUCUGCCAGAAGAUUCAAACGAACAAGUCAUUGGCUUACCCAGAUACAUGUCAAUCGUAACAACUCGAUUGCCCUCAAAUUUGCUGCCACGCUUUCGAGCCAGAGCUCUCUGCGACCUGCAACUUCCUAUGUCAAAGUUUAUGCCGAUCUCAUCCUGAAGCCUGCCGUCCACCCCUGUUGAUC